AUGGAAAAUCCUCAGUUUCUUUUGGAUUUUAAAGUAACAACUAUUUUAGGACAACUUCGAUAUUGUUCAGAAGAAAACCGCAACUGCUGCAUCAACGCUAAAAGGACUGAAAUCAUUCUUUCAAAAAUGAUCCGAUGCUGAAUCUAGAUAUUCCAAGGAUCUUUUACAAAUUUCUCGAGAAGGAAUUUUUGGAUCAACCCUUCAAUCAGUUUCAGCGAAUGAAGAAAAGUAAGCAAUAGUCAGGACAACUAAAGAUGCAAUUGAAAGCUUAAUUCAAGUAAUUGUCAGAGGCUAUGAAGGUCACAGUAAAUUGGCUGAUGAUCUCGAGAAGAUUACUGUAAAGCCAUUAGCUGCAAUGAAGAAGCAAUUGAUUUCGCAUAAUAAAUACUGAUCAGAAAGAGCUGCAUCAUCAAUUAAAGACUAUAAACAAGUCCAAUCCAGCUAUGCUAGAGACCAGGAUAAAUAUGAAAGUGUAAAAAAAGAGGUGAAAACGACAGAAAGCAAAUUGUUUUUGAAUGAGAAUGACUCAUCUAAUUGGAAAAUCAAGAAAAAAUUAGAAGAAUCUGUAAGUGCUAUACAGAAAUCAAAAAUUGAGUUUUCGAAAAGGCUGCUAGAUAAUGCUCGAAAUAUUUUGGAUGAAGCUCUAAUCAGAUAUAAUAAGCAUUUUGGAGACAUACUGCUAGAAGUUGAGCAAGCUGAGAUAAGGCGAAUCGAAUCAAUUCAAGAGUUGUUCAUAAAAAUAGCCAAAGCAACUGACAAGUAAUCAUUAUAGCCCAUAUCGCUAAAUAGAUUUAUUUACCAGAUAAAAUGUAACAGGCAAUUGAAAGAAUAAAACAGACUCUAUAAAGGGAUGAGCUGGGUCUAUGAGAGGAAGAGCUAAAAAGUGAUAUAUCAAAAAAAUAUUGGCAAUUGUUAGCCAUUUUGACAAUUAAACAAGCCAAUUUCUAAAAUAUUUUAUUAUAAAUAUUAAUUUUUAACUUAAUAUAGCCUUUUGGACUGAAGCUGAUAAGUCCCUUAUCUACUAUUUACUGCUUUCUGGAAAAUUGAGAUUAAAUUAAGUAAAUGAUAUUAUCUUUUUAUCUUUAUGACUUUACCGCUGCCAGUGCAGCAUUUCUCUCUUUUUAAUUUCAUGAAUUUUUUAUAAUAAUUAUAGAAAAUGAAUUUAAUAUCGUUUACUUAAUUUAACCUCAAUUCUACAAAAAACAGGAAAUAGUAUGCAAGCUACUUAUCAGUUUCAAUCCAAAAGGGUAUCUUAAAUUCAAAAUUAAUAUUUAUAAUAAAGAUAGUUAAGAAAUUGGCUCGUUUAAUUGUCAAAAUUUUUUGACAUGUCACUUUUUAACUCUUCCUGUUAUAGAGAUUCAGCUCAUCCCUUUGAUAGAGUAUGUUUAGUUCGUUCAAUUGCCCAUUACAUUUUAUCUGUUAAAUAAAUCUAUAUAUAGGGGCAUGGGCUAUAUUCAGCUGUCUAAGUGACCAAUUUAAAUCAGUCAAAAAUUUCGAGCAAAAAAUUAAUGACAUAAACCCAGGAGAGGACGUUGAUGUAUUUUUAAUUACAAACAAUUUAAAAGCCUAUAUACACCCAGCAAUUCCUACAGGACCUUUAGUAGAAGAGAAAAAAGACGUAGAAGCUGCAAAUGAACACAUUUUCAAAAUUCUCAAGCAUGUAGACUGGACUUCAUCAAAUAAAACAGACAUUAUCCAGCAAAUUAUGCCAAGCCUUCGCCCUUGGCUUGAAGAUAAAAUUGAUUCUAUUAAAGCGAUGUUUAAGCGUUUAACAUCUUCUGAAAGAUGGGAGCCAAUUCCGAAUAAAGGAUACACACAGCAGGUUGUCGAUCUUAUAUAUUGCAUCAAAACAUUAGAAGAAGAGUUGGAUGAGAUCUUUAAGGAAGAAGGGAAAGAGCUUUGGGCUCCAACUUUUAUUAAUUUCAUGAAGGAAACAUUUAUCAAGUAUAUCGAUGUGGUAGAAGAAAUUUUAAAAGUGCUGCCAGAUUUCAGACCCCCAGUUAUACCCCCAAUAGGAAAUUUGCUUCAAGGAGAUAAGAAAUUGCUUAUGAAGAAAACUAAUAAGCUGAGCUCUUUUAGAGGGAUAGUAGAUCAAUCUCCGAAAGGCCAAAUUGUGAAAUCGCUUUGUGUUAGAUUGGCAAAUCUCGAAUUCUUUUUCAAUGAAGGAAUUAAUAUUUUAGGAAAAGUCAUGGUAAUAGAGCCCUCUCAAAUUUAUAGCGAGCUAAAAAAUAGAAUUGAGUACUCAGCAGAUAAGAUAUGCGAUGUUUUAGCGCAAAAAAUUAUUUACUCUGAUGUGUAUCCUCUAGUAUUUUUCCAAUUAUAUACAGCUCAAGAUUUAACCUCUCGUUUUCCAUUAAUUUGUGAUCUAUUCAACGGGCUGAUUUCAGUAUUUUCCCAAAAAUAUUUCCAGCUUUUUUUGAAAAAAUGCUUUAUUAACUUUUUGGAUUCAUGGAAGAACAUUUUAUUAUGCAUGGACAUAGACACUAUAUAUUGUGAAGAUUUAUCAAGAGUUCUAAGAAAUGAUGUAAACUCUACUAUCACCUUUUUUGAGCUAAAGCAGGAAAAUGGAGAAAAUAUAGGCUUAACGAGGGAAGAGCAACAGCUAGAAAUCACAAAAGUUCUUGAAAUUAUGGUCUAUUGUCCAAAAAGUGAUAAAUUUUUGAUCGACAAAUUCAGAGACGAUAUAAAUAUUGACGAUAGGACAGCUAUAGCUUGGAUACUCUUUAAUCGACAGAAAAAAGAAUCUAUAGAAUUUUUAUUAGAGAAUAAGCAUUUACUAUAA